AUGGCGUCUAAUUCAGUUGGAAACGCUUGGAGUUGCCACGGCCAUCGCUUCCGCUCUAUCCUUGACAACCUUUGCUAUCGCAGGCCUAGCAUGGAGCCUCACCAGUCAGGCCCCGACGCUCGGGAACUCCGCCUCAAGAUCAAUGACAUCAUCCAGAAACUGCGGCACAAUGCUGAACCACGCCAAGAGCGCCGAAUCAACGAAGCUAUACCGCCCGCCCACCAGAUACUGACGCCGGGCAAGAACGCCAUCCAGGACGCCGGACACGCGACGGACCUCGUUGAGAUAGCGCUCGCGCGCACUGGGGAGGAGUUAUGGGUGGUAGACCGUGAACCAAACAGCCUGGCCGAAGUAAGGGCCUUGGCCGCUCAUCUGGUAGUGCAGCCACUGCUUGGCCUCAAAGUACUCCGUGGUACCUGCCGCAAAGCUGACUGUGUUGUUUUUGUCGUAUUUUUCGACGAGGUAUUCGAGUAUCGCGCCGGACUCCCAGAGGGUUAUCCCCGUGUUGGGGGUUUGUACUGCCGGGACGCGGCCAUUGGGGUUGAUUGA